AUGGAUUUCGAACAAGCAGUGAAGCGAAUGACUGCGGAACAGCUCGUCAAACUUGAGGAAGUUAAAACCAUCAACUCGACGGCGGUUAGGUUGUUCUGGAAGCGCAAAAAAAUUGAGAACAUGGUUGAGGGAUACUACGUCAAAUGGCGUGGUCCGGCCAAAAAUAACAUCAACCAGUGGGUAAAUGUGAAUGGUGCCCAUGUUGAGUCAUACUUGGUCAACGGCCUGUUGCCUUUCACUAAUUACGAGUUCUUCGUCAUUCCCUAUCACAAGUCAAUUCAGGGUGCUCCGAGUAACUCUAUGGACGCUUUGACAGCUGAAGCUCCACCUUCAUUACCACCUUCGGACGUGCAUAUUCGAAUGUUGAAUCUCACUACUCUUCGUAUUAGUUGGAGAGCACCAUCAGCUGACGGCAUUAAUGGAAUCCUUAAAGGUUUUCAGAUAGUCAUCUUGGGAAAAGGCAGCAAAUUCCAUCGGAAUAUUACAACAAACGAGCGAGCGGCUAGCGUGACGCUGUUCCAUUUGGUUCCUGGCAUGACGUACAAAAUCCGAGUCGCCGCGCGCACCAACGCUGGUAUUGGCGUAAGUCAUAGCACGGAUACUGUUACUAUGAGUGAGUGUUGA